UCACAAAGGGAAUGGGAAUGAAUAAAAGCCUAAUUUGUUUGGUCUUUUGGCUUUCUCCUUCUUGGUCUUAUGCAUGAACCUUCCUAUAUAAGAUGUCAAUUUUCGUCAAGCUAGUAAGCAUAUUACUAUAGCUUUAAUCUUCUUCUCCUCCUAUUUUUCUCCUUGGGCCCUUUUAUUCUACUUUUGCUGCUUGAUGCUCAUACUCCUACCCUCUCCACAAACAUGCUCGUCUAUUUGUGGCAAGAGAGAGAGAGAAAAGAAUAGAGUAGUUGAGAGGAAAGCCACAAGGGAACUAAAAUAGCAGCAACCAAGGAAAUUAAAGAAAAUGGCCCUUGAUGCUGCAAUUCAUAUGCAAGAUUCAUUUGGCUACUUCUUCAAGGAAUUUUACACGUCGGGAGGAGGAGGAGGAGGUGGAGGAGCAAAUGGUGGAUGGGGCUAUGGCUAUGGCUUUGGCUUGCAAGAAGAAAAGGGUUUUGUAGAGAUGUUGGAUAGUGGCAUGGACCAUAAUUUACACGGGAAUUGGGAGUCUUCAUCUUCAUCAGUUGUGAUGCAAAAUGUGAAGGAAUAUUGGGAUCCGAAUUCCUCACCGGAGGCUUGCACAGCUGACCAACUCCUUUUAGAAGGCGGCUCCCCUACGAUGGAAGAGCCACCAGAGUCUGCACCUACCCCGGCUGCAGGCAAGAGAAAAAGAAGGCGCACUAGAACUUGCAAGAACAAAGAAGAAUUGGAGAAUCAGAGGAUGACACACAUUGCUGUUGAGCGGAAUCGACGGAAACAAAUGAAUGAUUAUCUUGCAGUUAUUCGAUCCAUGAUGCCACCUUCCUAUGUUCAAAGGGGAGACCAAGCCUCAAUAAUUGGAGGAGCAAUUAAUUUCGUAAAGGAGCUUGAACAGCAUCUUCAAACCCUAGAGGCACAGAGGAGGAGAAAUAGCCAACAAGAACAAGAAAAUGGAAUGUCACCACCACUUUUUGCUGAUUUCUUUACCUUCCCACAAUAUUCAACGCGGUCAUCUUCAACUACUCUUCACUCUAACACCAUCAAUUCACCAGUGACCACCACCACAAGUGAUCAUCAGCCACAGCCUAGUAGGGCAGCAACUGAUCAGAGCCCGUCAGCGCUAGCAGACAUCGAGGUCACAAUGGCCGAAAGCCAUGCCAACCUCAAGAUUCUUUCAAAGAGACGUCCAAGACAGCUCUUGAAGCUAGUCGCUGGGCUUCAGUUGCUUUGGCUCACUAUUCUCCACCUUAAUGUCACAACAACACUUGACCAAAAGGUUCUCUACUCUAUCAGUGUUAAGCUUGAGGAAGGGUGCCAGCUAACAACAAUAGAUGAAAUAGCUGAUGCUGUGAAUCACUUACUGGGCAGAAUUGAAGAAGGAGCUGUUUGAAGCUGAAACCCUGAAAUUUUUUAAUGUGUUGGGUUGAAUUUUUGUCCAAGAGAUAUUCUGGCCUCUAGUUUCUUGCUUCAUUCCCCCACCUUAAUCACUUACUUCUCUUUUUAAUAUCUAUAUAUAUAUAUAUAUAUAAUUUUCUAAUUCUCCUGGUUGUGGUGGUGGUGGGGGGACGUCUUUGUAAUAUUGAUGUGUCUCUUAGCUAGUUGGUUAUAAUGGGACGAAAUAUUCUGUCAUGUGCAUGCAGUACUCUCUGUUAGCCCUCCAGGCGUCCGAUCAUUCAUCCCGUGGUGCCUGUUCUGUUCCAUGCGGCUUUCUGGGAAGAAAAAAUUGUAGUUUAAGAUUGAAAUGAAUAAAAUUUUAGAUGUGGAUUGAA